AUGAAGGCUGUUAGUCCCGUCCGCCCUCAGGACUCCUCCCACUCUUUCUUACCAAACAGCGGCGUUGGUGGAACCAGUCAUCCGACCGCGGUGCACUCUCUGUCGAAGCACAGUGUCAACAUCUCCCGGUGCAGGAUGGACGAGGAGGACGUGUUCUGUCUGCAGUACGACAUGAACGACUGCUACACGCGCCUCAAACGCCUCGUCCCCACCAUUCCGCAGGAUAAGAAAGUGAGCAAAGUGGAGAUCCUUCAGCACGUCAUAGACUACAUCCUAGACCUGCAGCUGGCCUUGGAGACGCACCCUACGCUCCAGAAGACACAGCCCAGCGGGUCAUGCCCUCCACACACGUCCAACCCGAGCCGGACACCGCUCACGGUCCUCAACAUUGACCACCAGAGGACCACUGCACUUGGUGCACACAGCUCUGCAGGGCGUCAGCAUGGACUCACCCACAACAACUGGAGGCACAAUCACUAA